CGUUUGGAAGUUUGGUGACAGUCAGAAGGACAUGGCUCCAGCUCAGCCAGGUCAGAGUGACUUCUAUGAUGCCUGCCUCUGCCUAGAGUGCUAGACCCAGGGAAGAGACUCCAUGGAAGGGUCACAGCCCUCCUGCUUCAGCUCGGGUCCUGGAGCUGCUGCUGUGGCCCGCGAGCUGCUGCUGGCUGCACUGGAGGACCUCAGCCAGGAGCAGCUGAAGCGCUUCCGCCACAAGCUGCGGGACGCCCCGGCUAACCAACGCAGCAUCCCGUGGGGGCGACUGGAGCAUGCGGACGCCGUGGACCUCGCUGAGCAUCUGACCCACUUCUACGGGCCGGAGCCCGCUCUGGACGUGGCCCGAAAGACCCUGAAGCGGGCAGACGUGCGCGAUGUGGCAGCGAGACUCAAGGAGCAAAGACUGCAGCGGCUCGGCCGCAGCUCCUCAGCGCUGCUCUCCAUGUCUGAGUACAAGAAGCGAUACCGAGAGCACGUGCUGCGGGAGCACGCCAAGGUGAAGGAGAGGAACGCCCGUUCGGUGAAGAUCAGCAAGCGCUUCACCAAGCUGCUCAUCAAGCCCGAGAGCGCCGCAGCCGAGGAGGUGCUGGGGCUGGCGGAGGCCGUGGAGCGCGAGCGUGCCCGGCGCUCAGACACACACACCUUCAAUCGGCUGUUCCGCCGCGACCCGGAAGGCCAGCGGCCGCUGACCGUGGUGCUGCAGGGCCCAGCGGGCAUCGGCAAGACCAUGGCGGCCAAGAAAAUCCUGUACGACUGGGCGGCAGGCAAGCUCUACCAGGGCCAGGUGGACUUCGCCUUCUUCCUGCCGUGCGGCGAGCUGCUGGAACGGCCCGGCGCGCGCAGCCUGGCCGACCUGAUCCUGGAUCAAUGCCCGGACCGCGGUGCGCCGGUGCAGCAGAUUCUGGGGCAUCCACAGCGGCUCCUCUUCAUCCUGGACGGCGCGGACGAGCUUCCACUUUUGGACCCCCCCGAGGCCAGGCCUUGCACAGACCCCUUCGAGGCUACGAGUGGCGAGCGGGUGCUGGGAGGGCUGCUGAACAAGGCGCUGCUGCCCUCGGCCCGCCUCCUGGUGACCAGGCGUGCCACCGCCCCGAGGAGGCUGCAGGGCUGCCUGUGCUCGCCCCAAUGCGCCGAGGUUUGCGGUUUCUCCAACAGGGACAAGAAGAAAUACUUCUACAAGUUCUUCCAGGACGAGUGGAGGGCCGAACGCGCCUACCGCUUCGUGAAAGAGAACGAGACCUUGUUCGCGCUGUGCUUCGUGCCCUUUGUGUGCUGGAUCGUAUGCACCGUGCUGCACCAGCAGCUGGAGCUCUGCCAGGACUUGUCGCGCACCUCUAAGACCACCACGUCAGUGUACCUGCUUUACAUUGCCAGCGAGCUGAGCUCCGCUCUCACUGUCAACGGGCCCCAGGUGCGGGAACAGCUGCGCAAGCUGUGCCACCUGGCCCGCGAGGGGGUCCUAGGGCAUCGGGCUCAAUUCGCCGAGAAGGACCUGGAGCGACUCCAGCUUCGCGGCUCCAAAGUCCAGAGACUGUUCCUUAUCCAGAAAGAGCUGCCGGGCGUGCUGGAGACGGAGGUCACCUACCAGUUCAUGGACCAGAGCUUCCAGGAGUUCUUCGCUGCACUGUCCUACCUGCUGGAGGAGGAGGGGUCUCCCUGGGCAGCGGCUGACGGACUUGGGACGCUCCUGCGUGGGGACGCGCAGCUGCGCGACCACCUCGUGCUCACCAGGCGCUUCCUCUUCGGACUCCUGAGCGCCGAGCGGAUGCGUGAUAUUAAGCGCCACUUUGGCUGUGCGGUCUCAGAGCUAGUGAAGCAGGAAGCCCUGAAGUGGGUGCAGGGUCAGGGCUGCCCCCUGGCGGCACUAGAGAAGACCCAAGGGCUCGAGGAUGUGGAAGAGCCAGAGGAGGAGGAGGAAGAGGAGCUCAGCUACCCGCUGGAGCUGCUGUACUGUCUGUACGAGACCCAGGAGGACACCUUCGUGCGCCAGGCCCUGUGCAGCUUCCGGGAGCUGGUGCUGGAGCGCGUGCGCUUCAGCCGCAUGGACAUCGCUGUUCUGAGUUACUGCGUGAGGUGUUGCCCCACUGGACAGGCACUUCGGCUGGUCAGCUGCAGCCUGGCCGCUGUACAGGAGAAGAAAAAGAAGAGCCUGGUGAAGCGGCUGCAGGGCAGCUUGGGUGGCAGCAGCAGUUCUCGAACUACCACGAAACAACUCCCAGCCUCCCCACUUUGUCCACUCUUCCAGGCCAUGACUGACCAACAGUGUGGUCUGCGCAGCCUCACGCUGUCCCACUGCAAACUUUCGGAUGCAGUCUGCAGAGACCUCUCUGAGGCUCUAAAGGCUGCCCCUGCCCUGACGGAGCUGGGCCUCCUCCACAGCCGGCUAAGUGAGGCUGGCCUGCGUUUGCUGAGCGAGGGCCUUGCCUGGCCCCAGUGCCAGGUCCAGAUACUUAGGCUGCAGGUGCCUGGCCUCCAGGGAGCCUUCCAGUACCUGGUAGGCAUCCUUCGGCAGAGCCCUGCCCUGACCACACUGGACCUCAGUGGCUGUCAGCUGCCUGACUCCAUGGUGACCUACCUGUGUGCAGUCCUGCAGCACCCAGGAUGCAGCCUGCAGACCCUCAGCCUGACCUCCAUGGAGCUGAAUGAAGGGUGCAUACAGGAGUUUCGGGCUGUGAAGAUAGCAAAGCCAGAUCUGGUCAUCACACACCCAGCAUUGGACAGCCACUCUAUACCUCCCACAAGAUUCAGCAGUGCCCUCUGAGGCCCUGAAAGCCAGAGGAGGGUGGAGAACUCUGUAGUCAGAGCACCCUGCAAAGGAGACGUCUCCAUUCCAAGGGCUACAGGAUGUUGGUCAGCCUCUGGGCAACUCUUUUGAGCCAAGAGACCCUGGAUAGGCCAGUGGGCAGGCCAGGCAGACACAGCCCAGUCUAGGCCUGAGAGCUGUCCUCCCUUCACACGCUGAGGGACUCCUCCAAUCUCACUCCCCCUCCAUGUAAUUUCCUUCCUGGGACCCUCUAGUCAUGCCCAUCACGAUGCCUCCCAGUAACAAUAGCACUGGUUUGAGCUCCAACUAACUGAGCACCUACUAUGUGCAGAGCGACCCCUUUCUGACUGGGCCCCAUCUGCAAUGUGGACCCCAUAGUCUCUGUAACUCUGCCCUCACAGACCCCACAGGUUGCUGUGUCUCCCUGUAAAUUUGGGUCUUGGCAUUAGGAGUGAGACUGUCACUGAGGCUGUGUGAGUGAGCCCAGAGGUAUCUACUCGCUGUGUGAAGCCUUUCAGAAGAGAGUUCUGAGGAGAGUGGGAUAGAACAGGAGACCCUGGCUCCAGGUGAAAGCAAUGGUGGGUGGGCAGCUUCUCUGCACCAAUAAUAAACUCUCCUUUGGACUCAUUUCCAUUGGUUUCUGUUACAUUUGGCCAGGUGCACUAGCAGGCGCUUACAGCCUUUCUGCCAAUGCACCUGUACAAGGCAGGGCUGAGGUUUCCCCAGUUCACCAAUGAAGAAGCUGGGCUCAAGUGCCAGCCUGACUGCACAAAGCUCUGGGGCAUGGUGUGGCUUUGAUGGACAGGGCCAGCACUGAUCAGCCCUGAACCCUGGAGCCUUCCCUGCUCAGCACUGCUAAGCUCGUCAACUCCCCAGAUCCUAGUCCAGGUAGGAGGAACCCUGAAGUCAGCCCCUCAACUUCCCUCUAAUCCUCCUUCCAAAUCCAUUCCUUCAUUCCACAAAACAGACAAAACUCCUGGUCCUUGGGCGACACCUGUGGCUCAAAGGAGUAGGGCAUCAGCCCCAUAGGCCAGAGGUGGCGGGUUCAAACCAGCUCUGGCCAAAAACUUCAAAAA